AUGUCUGAUGCCAAGUAUUUUCAAAGGGGAAAAAUUCAAGAGCUUCGAGCAGAACUUACCUCUGAAAAGCGUGAUCAAAAGCAUCAACGAAAGAAGACAGUGAUGAAGAAAAUUGUCGCCAAUAUGACCAUGGGAAACGACAUGUCACCACUCUUCCCGGAUAUUCUUAAUGUAAUGCAAGUACCUGUACUUGAAAUUAAGAAAAUGGUUUACCUUUACAUCAUCAAUUACGCACGAACAAAACCUGAUAUGGCAGUGAUGGCCAUAUCUAUGUUUAUCAAAGACGUAGAGGACCCUAAUCCAUUAAUAAGAGCCUUGGCCAUACGUACUAUGGGUUAUAUCCAGGUCGAAAAGAUUGUUGAUGUACUCGUUGAUCCACUCCGACACAGCUUAAAAGAUAGAGAUCCUUAUGUAAGAAAGACAGCUGCUAUAUGCGUGGCCAAGCUAUACAUGUAUGAUAAAGUCCUGGUAGAGAGCGAGCACUUUGUUGAUAUGCUAAGAGACUUAUUGGCUGACCCUAAUCCGACAGUAGUAGCUAGUGCCGUGGCAGCUUUAACGGAGAUAUCUGAACGAUCUGAUAACAUUCAACUGCGACUCAAUCAUUCUACAGCAAGUAAGCUGGUAGCUGCUCUAGGAGAAUGCUCAGAAUGGGGACAGACUUAUAUACUGGAAGCACUCAUGUACUAUGUACCUCAGGAUGCUGGAGAUGCAGAAAUGCUAGCUGAACGUAUAUCACCUCGUCUUCAGCAUGCAAAUUCAGCCGUUGUGCUUACGACAACCAAGGUCAUAAUGUAUCUUAUGAACUAUAUGAGUAAUGAAGAGGAGAUCAAUCAGCUAUGUCGUAAAUUGGCGCCUCCAUUAGUCACCUUACUCGCCUCUGGAUAUGAAGUACAAUAUGUGGCACUUCGUAACAUACAGUUGAUAAUCCAAAGAAGACCAGAGAUCUUAAAGAACGAUAUCAAAGUCUUUUUCUGUAAAUAUGACGAUCCUAUCUGUGUAAAGCUAGGAAAGUUAGAGAUCAUAUUUAGGUUAGCGAAUGAACGAAAUGUUGAUAUGGUACUCCAUGAACUGAAAGAAUAUGCUGCAGAGGUAGAUGUCGAUUUUGUUCGAAAGGCAGUUAGAGCCAUUGGCCGAUUGGCUGUCAAGAUUGAAACAGCAGCUGAUAAAUGCAUUACUGCUCUUUUGGAAUUGAUUCAAACCAAAGUAAACUAUGUUGUUCAAGAGGCUAUUAUAGUCAUUAGGGAUAUAUUUAGAAAAUAUCCCAAUCAAUAUGAAAGCAUUAUCUCUACAUUAUGUGAAAAUUUGGAUGACCUGGAUGAGCCUGAAGCAAAGGCAUCCAUGAUAUGGAUCAUUGGACAGUAUGCGGAUAGAAUUGAAAAUGCUGAUCAGUUAUUGGAUGACUUUUUAUAUACAUUUCUUGAAGAACCUCAUGAGGUACAAUUGGCAUUACUCACAGCAACAGUCAAGCUAUUUGUUCAGCGACCCACAGCUGGACAAGAACUUGUGCCCAAGGUGCUGAAGUGGGCAACGGAGGAAGUGGAUAAUCCCGAUUUACGUGAUCGCGGAUAUAUAUACUGGCGUCUGCUUUCCACAGAUCCAGCUGCAGCCAAGGCUGUCGUUUUAUCCGACAAACCUGCCAUCACGACAGAAAGCGAUAAUCUCGACCCCCACUUUCUGGAUGAGCUAUUACUCCACAUUGGCUCUUUAGCCUCUGUUUAUCACAAGAGCCCAACGUCAUUUAUCAGUCGCUAUAAGCCACGACACCUCAUUCCAUCUCCUGCACUUCAAAAACGAUCCGAACAAACAUAUUUAACACAACAGCAACAGCAACAACAGCAACAACAGUCAUGGACAAUGGUUCAACAAGAACCCUAUCAACCUUCUCCCGUUCCACCUCAAGCACAACUAAACGAUUGGAGUUAUAAUGCUGCUACAGGUGCGCCUCGUAUCGUGUCUUCACAGUCGAGUAAUCCAUACUCAAUGGACUUGCUACAGUAAACUUUUUAUUUCAUUCUAGUCAAACUUGAUGUAUUCUUCCUUGACUUGAAUCAAAUAAAAAAGCGAUGAAACUAUUGAGGCUUUAGUAUGAAACGCUUUCUUUUAAAAAUAAAACUGACCUGCAACAAAUAAGGGUGACAUGAAAGGACCAUUCAGUUUGCAGCCCUUAAAUACGAGUAACUCACCAGCGUAAUGAGUUAAGGCAAUGACAUAUGUCCAAAUGGCGAGAUUGUACAUGCUAAAGAAAGAGAGAGAUUAAUUAGAAUAAAAGUAAAAGUAAAUCUCUUACAAUCUAUGUUCAAGAUGAAAAGC